AUGUCGAGUAAAUAUACUGUUUGUGGAGUAUGCAGUUAUCAGCACAUUAACAAGCCAUCAGUGGUCUGGUGUUCGGAAUGUGACGAAGGACUUUGUGAAGAAUGUAAAGUGCAUCAUACAGCUUCAAAGGCGACCAGAGACCAUAGUAUUGUACUACGAUCCGUCUACCAUAAUUUACCUUCUAUUAUAUUGGAAAUCACUCAAACUUGUCCAAAGCACGAAGAAAAAUACGUUAUAUUUUGUAAGAAGCAUGAUAUUCCAUGUUGUAGUCGAUGUGUUGUUGAAACACAUAACGAUUGCAAAGAUUUAAACGCGAUAAAUGACGUCAUUAAGAAUGUAAAAUCGUCAAGUGCAUUCUUAGAGAUGGAACAAGUGUUGAAAGAACUUUCAGAAAAUUUGCAGAGAGUAAGAAAAGAUCGAGAAGUAAACACUGAAAGUCUAAGGGAGAACAUAACAAACAUAAAAAAAGAAGUUCAGCAUACACGAGUAUUGAUUAACAAUCAUUUGGAUAAGAUACAGGAAAGUCUGAUGAAAGAGCUGUUUUCGGCCAAGGAAAAUGAAAACAAGAAAAUAAGCAAUUUAAUAUCAUCAAUACAAGAGAAAGAAAAAGAGAUAACAGAAUUUCGAACCACUCUAGAUAAAAUAAAACAGCAUGCUUCAGACCUGCAAACAUUUUUAGCUUUGAAACACAUCCAACAAGAUGUCAGGAGCAACGAACAAUUUCUGGAAUCUUUAAUAAAAGACGAGAAAAUAAAACAUGUGUCCAUUUCUUUGAGAAACGAAACAUCUGUUGAGAACCUAUUUACCACUAUGAAGAAGAUGGGAACCAUUGUCUUGGAAACCAAGUCACGUGAUGCAACAUUAACAAACCGUAAGCAUCAACAAGCACAGAUACUGAUGCCUGCUACACCCGUUCCUACUAUUGAUGAUAUAAAACUUACUUUGAGACAGACUGUAAAAACUAUUGGAACAUAUAUCUCUUGUUGCUUCUUACUUCCUGAUGGCAGAAUGAUUUUUUCCUGCUGCACAAGCGGACACAUAAGCGUACUAAAAAGUGACGGGACUUUGGAUUUUACAUUAAGGACUGAACAACGUACAUCUCAUAUAUUCUUCAUUGAGGAAAGCCAAAAGCUUGUCGUAACAUCAGGCAAUGCUUACUGCAUUCAAAUGAUCGAUAUGAAAACCAGAAUAACUGAGAAAUCGAUUGAUGUUGGAUUACGGAAUUAUGGAAUAGCUCACAAAGAUGGGAAAUUGAUUUAUAAUGGCUAUUACGAUGGAUUAAACGUUGUAAAUUUAGAUAACAACUCUGUUUCCCAGUUAGUAAAAGUUUCAUUAUCAAAAUAUGCCAGCAUUGCAAUUUGGUCAGAUAAUCUUUAUUUCAUUAACAAUGAUGAUUCAGUAACAUGUUGUGAUAUCCAAGGGACCUUGAAAUGGAAAUUAGGACCUGUAGCUGUUCUUAAGACGGCACGAGGUAUUACAGUAGACACUUUUGGGCGUGUUUACGUAUCAGGCUAUACAACUUCCAAUGUCGUCGUAAUUUCACCAGAUGGAAAGGUCCACAAAUUAUUGCUGUCAGAGAAGGAUGGUUUGGAACAUCCGCAAGCUGUUUGCUUUGAUCGAACAAAUAACCAGUUACUAAUUGCGAACCAUCGAAAUGACGCAUUUAUUUAUGACGUUUCAAAAUAA